AUGGCUCUCCGAUUGUUAGCUUUUCUUCUGCUCCUAGGCCUUCUGCUGUCUUCAACAGACGGUUGGAGGCGGAGGCGGAGGCGGAGGCGGAGACGAAGUCCACCACCCCCACCAUCAGGCAAGCGUCUUGUCUCAAAAUGUCGAUCACAUUUACUGAGACGUCUUUUAAACAAAGGUUGUAGUCAAUCGCAUCUGACGACGCCGACUUAUGGAACUGUAAAGUGGAAUCAUGUUGGUCACGGUGGUAAAGCCACUUUCGGUUGCAACUCUGGUUACAAGAUCAGUGGAGUGGCGACUCGAACAUGCAACAACGGUCACUGGGGCGGCAGUAAUCCCAACUGUAUUCUUGGUAAGAAUGUAGUGAAUGCACGAAAAGAUCUCGACGGGUACGUCGACGUUGACUUGUGUUUUCUUCCAGCUUGCACAAAACCCAACAAUCCAAGUAAUGGCAGAGUUCAAAUUCAACUGACAUAUGCACAAUAUACUUGCAACGGAGGCUUCAAACUGAUCGGAUCACAAAAGAGGCAAUGUGUUGGACCUGCAUGGAACGGUUACGCCCCUUGGUGUGCUAAAAGCUGUUCUGCUCUAUCGUCGCCGCCGUUGGGAACAGUAAAGUGGAACCGUCUUGAUCACGAUGCCACAGCAACAUACAGUUGUUACCCUAACUACAAGAUCAGUGGAGUCGCCACUCGGACGUGCAAAAACGGAGUCUGGAAUGGGAGGGUUCCCACCUGCAUUCUCGCUUGUCCAAGAUUGGUAAACCCAAGUAACGGUCUUGUUGUCAUACGUCAAACGGCAGCACGGUACUCUUGCAACCGAGGCUUCCAACUGAUCGGACCAGAAAUACGUCACUGUAGUGGACAGAAAUGGACUAGCUAUGCACCAUGGUGCGAGAAACUUUGUCCAACAAACCUUGAUCGUCCUGAGCACGGUUUAGUGACAGUGUCAAACAACGUAGCCACCUACACCUGCUUUGAAAAUUACAAAAUACAAGGAACAGAAACAAGGCAGUGUUCUAAAGGAAUAUGGGAAGGACAUCCACCACAAUGCGUUUUGGAAUGCACUACUCUUACCAAUCCGCCAAAUGGAAAGAUCGAACUUAUUGGCAAUAUUGUAUAUUACAAAUGCCUCUCUGGACACAAACUAGUGGGAAACGUUGAACGACAGUGCGUCAAUAAGGUCUGGUCAGGCAGCCAACCUAAGUGCACAAAAGUUUGCUCAACGGAUGUCAAGGCACCUGAACACGGUUCAGUAACAGUAUCAGACGACACUGUGACCUACACGUGUUUCGAAAAUUACAAAAUCCAAGGAGCGGCAACUAGACGCUGUUACAAUGGAAAAUGGGAAGGAAACAAACCUGAGUGUGUUUUUAAAUGCAGAACUCUGUUUCCACCACCAAAUGGAGAAAUUGAGGUUGUUGGUCCCAACGCGUACUAUGAUUGCCUCUCAGGAUAUACUCUGGUUGGAAACCGCAUACGAGAAUGCGAUAAUAAUGAAGUCUGGACAGGCAAAGAACCAAGAUGUGAAAAAGAUUGUGAACCAUUGAGUCACCCUGAACAUGGAUAUACCAGUGUUAAUAUCACUGCAAGAAAAGCUACCUUUGCAUGUAGGUCAAGCUACAAGCUGGCAGGACAAAAUCAGAUCAAAUGUGAUCGAGAAGGAAACUGGGAUGGAAAAGUUCCACGUUGCAUUUUAAGCUGUCCCACAUAUCCAUUGGCUAAUGGAAAGUAUACCCUAUAUGCUCCUGCAAUUGUGUACAGCUGUGAUGACGGAUAUCAGCUAAUCGGAGAUAGAGUCAGACUGUGCUUUAGGCAACAAUGGACUGGUGAUCCAGCAGUAUGCAUUCCCAAGUCUGAUUUAAUAUCUUCGUCAUAUCCAGAUGGUCUCGAUAAAGUAUCCUUUAAAGAAAAUUGAGUGCUUCAGCUGAUGAUGACGUUUUGGUCAUAAGUUGUAGCUAUCCGUCGUUAUAUGACUCUUGUGAUCUGUUUAUUUGUACUGUAGCAUUUUGUGGCAAUUUUUACAAAAUACAAUAUGAAACUAUC